GGCAAGCAUCUGAUUUGUCAGGAGGGUUUCCCAGAGCGCUCUGCUAUUCGUGUCCCAGCACUCAUGCUGCACUGAGCCUCGACAGCCGCCUGCCCUCUCUGCACUGGUUACCGUCCAACCUAGAGCACGCUCAGAGAAGGAGAGAGCUUGUGUAUGUGGUAUAUUUUAGGCAGGUAGAGAGCAAGAAGUGUUCUAUCAAGAAGAGGGAAAAGUAAGGUGAAGUUAUAGAGUGCACUCAAGAACACAGAUAAAGCCUCUCACUGCUCCAUUAUUUUAACUCCAGUCUGAAACUCUUUCAUCAUGGAGGUGCUAGAAGUCCCCAGUCUGCAGCUGGAUGCUCCUGAGCAGCAGAAGACCCUCACAGAGAUUUCUGAUGACGAGGUCAACCUGCCACCCUCUGAUGAUGAGGAGGAGGCUGCCACCACCUCGGAGGCCAAGUCCAAGGAGACUGCAGAGAAAGAGCAGGUAGAGGAGGGAGAUAAGAGCACUGGCCAGAUGAAUGGAGUGAUGAUUUUGUCUCUACUGGAUAAGAUCAUUGGGACGGUGGACCAGAUUCAGCAGACGCAGGCCGGCUUGGAGGCCAGGCAGCAGGAGAUGGAACGCUCAGUGACUGGCAUCCAGGGUGAGCUUACCAAGCUGACCAAGAGCCACACUACCACGGCCAACUCUGUCAACAAGAUGUUGGAGAAGGUGCGUAAAGUCAGCGUGAAUGUGAAGACAGUGCGCAGCAACUUGGAGAAGCAGGCUGGCCAGAUCAAACGGCUGGAGAGCAACGAGGGCGAACUCCUGAAGAGGAGGAACUUCAAAGUCAUGAUCUACCAGGAUGAGGUGAAACUUCCCUCCAAAGUCACAGUGGCCAAGUCUAUGAAAGUGGCCCAGCCAGCUGAGGGUGAAGGUGAGCUGGAGCUCAAAGCAGCUGUGGAGGAAGGUGGAGAGGAUGGAGGAGAGAAGACUCACAUUGACCUGUCCUCUGAUGAAGAAGAGGUGGAGAUUGAGGAGACCAUUGAAGAGACUCGGGCAGAACGCAUCAAACGCAGCAGCCUGCAACGUGUCCAGAACAUCAAAACGGUCUUCUCCAAGGAAAAGAUGGAGAAGACCAAACAGAAGACAAAAGAAAACCUGGAGAAAACCAAGCAGAAGACCAAAGAUAACCUGGAGAAGACUCGUAUGAAGACCAAAGAAAACUUGGAAAAGACCAAGCAGAAGACCAAGGAGAACUUAGAGAAGACUAGGCAGAAGACACGGGAGAAUCUGGAAAAGACGCGGCACAACAUUGAGAAGAAAAUGGGCAAGCUCAGCACCCGCAUGUCUGUCAAUCCAGAGCGCAAAGAGAAGCUGAAAAGUUCACAGAAGAAGAUGGUGAAGUCAUUCACGCCUGAUCACACCAUUUACGCUCGGUCCAAGACCGCUGUGUACAAGGUCCCACCAUUCACCUUCCAUGUGAAAAAGAUCCGUGAAGGGGAGGUGGAGAUCCAGGGCACAGAAAUGGUGGAAGUAGGUGGGGAGACAGAGGAGGUGGAGAAUGGAGUGAUGGAGGGGGGAGAGGAAGAAGAGAUGGAGCUGGAGGGAGGAGAGGCAGGGGAGAGGGAGGACAGCCCUGAGUUGCUAGAGGCAGCAGAAGAUUCUGAGUUAGUGCUUGUUGAACAGGAUCAUGAGAGAGAUAGUGACUAGACAGAGCAUUGUAUGUGUUUGAGUGUGUGUGUGUG